AACCUAGAACCAGGAUCCUAGUGACGUUUUGGUUAAAACCAAUUUCGCAUUAAGUUGUCUUUUUCUGUGUAUAUAAAAGAAACACUGGAAAUCGACCCAAAAAUAAAUCUCACGGCCUUGCUUUAAAAUAAAAGCAGGCUGCGCAGUUUGCAAUAGCGAAAUUCGAUAUGCAACAUGAUUGGGAAACUGAGUAAUAAUAGACAUGACGAAACCAUGGAAAAAAGAAUAGACUUUGGGAAAGUUUUGGCAACCAUUCAUACGGGGAAGGACGCAUUAACGUAGAACUAUAUAGCUGAGGGCGAGAAAGGUGUUUCCAUUUAUAUACAUACAACCUGUUUGCUGAGGAUCGAAGAGAAAGUGGUGGAGACUGAAGAUCGAUCGAAAAAAAAAGACGAGCUGCUGGCAAUUAACAUUAAAAAGAAACAAAACUAUUUUUUCUCUUGAGGAUUUUAUUAUAUAGUUGAAUACGAACGAAAGGACACGAGGUGAUCUACGAUUUUAAGGGGGUGUAAUGUCCCUUCUUACCUGGGGGGUAUCAAACAGAGGCCUCACAUUUGGGAUACAGGGAACGGAGACAUGUUUUUUGUAAAGGAUUCCGACCAAAUUUUCCAAUUGGAACAGGCAUGGGACCAUUCGGUAACGGAUACUUUAUACGAUACAUCGCAACUCUAUACAUAGUCCUAACAGCAUGCGGUUGUGUGUAUUCCAAAAGAGAUGUUCUGGACCUUAUUUCAAACCUUAGGAGUCGUACUGGAUAUACAAAUAUCACUGGACAACAUAACCUCACGUCAGCCAUAUAUCUGCAAGAUUCGAGCCGAUAUCUAGCAGUGACAGACACAAUGUUAAAUGAAUCGUUAAGGAUUUUGAAAGACAAUAGUGAUUUGACUUUUUUAAUAACUAUGAAACAAGAAAAAGGAAAUUCUGGUAGCCUUUUAGCUUUUUCAUCAGAGGUUCUCAGAUUUUUUGAGAUCGAGAGCAAAGGUCUGGAGGAUGAGCUUCGCAUUCACUACAGCCACGACCAGCACCACUACAUUUCUACAUUCCGAUACAGACUUGCCGAUGACAAGUGGCACAAACUCGCGGUGACCCUGUCGGGCAACCAUGUGACUUUAUACGUGGACUGUUUAAAAUUAUACGAAAAGAUUAUACAAACUGUUGAUCGUGUGCCGCCGCAAUCUUCAAAUAUCCAGUUGUUUGUCGGCCAGCAAAACAGACAACAUGCUCUUUUUAGGGGGGGUUUACAAGAUGUACAAAUUGUCACACAAGCUCACGGUCAUCUUUUACAAUGUCCAGAAACAAGUCAAGAAGCAGAUUGUCCUACAUGUUCACAUUAUAAAGCCUUACAGCAUCAGCUCCAGAAAGCAGAGGAAAGGAUCAAAGAACUUGAGCAGUGCGAGUGCCACAAGGGCUGUAUCUACAACGGAAUGUCAAAGAAUGAGGGCGAAGAGUGGCACCCUGACCACUGCACCCUCUGUUCUUGUAAAAAUGGUACAGUGGACUGUAAGAAGGAGGACUGUCCCCCUGUGAAGUGUGACCACCCCACAUUUAGGGAGGGACAGUGCUGCCCCCAAUGUUUUACCAACUGUUUCACUGAUGGGAAGUACUUCAAGCAUGGAGAGUCUUUCAGCCCCAAAGUCUGUGUCACUUGUACUUGUAAUGACAGUAAUAUAGAAUGUCACAGGAUGGACCUUGAGGCCAGCUGUCCUAAUCUGAACUGUCCCCCAGAGAAGAGGCUGCACAUCGAGGGGGAAUGCUGUCCAGUCUGUGAGGGUACCAAUUUCUGCGGCCUUGGAAACAAUUGCCACUCCAAUGCAACCUGCAUCAACUUGACAACAAGGUUUGCCUGUCAGUGUUUGCCAGGUUACCGUGGCGAUGGUGUUCAUUGUGAAGAUGUCAAUGAAUGCCUAACACAAGGAGGAAAGUAUGGCCAUUACUGCAAUGGCCAAACAGUCUGUGAAAACACAGUGGGAUCUUACCUUUGCAAAUGUCCCAGUGGAAGAAUUCCAGAGGAUCCCUACAACUGUACCGAGUCUGGCUAUGAUUUUGCCAAUUCGGCUCAGGCUAGAGCGUGGGACGGGACUCUGAUGGUGACAUUCUGUUCCCUAUUUGUAGGGAUUCUGUGGGUGUCUGGAAUAAGAUAAUGGCAGGAUUUGCCUUUAGAAUCAAAACUUUGUGAUGACCAUGAUUCAGAGUAUGAUCAAGCAGCCAUCUUGGAUGGAUGGAUAGAUGGUCAUGCCAUGUUCAUGUGAAUACAAAUUGUUCCAUCACAUAAAAAUUCCAUUUUUUCUUUUUUAAAUGAACAAAAAAAAAAUUGUAGGUGUUUAAUUUCUAUUUAACUAAAAUUAUUGUGACUGCUUUAUUAGAGAUUUUUACUACGUGAUGCUUAAUAGCAAUAGAAAUGUAUACAAUUAAAGCUUUUAAAAUGUCUUCAAUGAUGUAACCAUAAGUAUGAUUUCUUUGGUAUUUAUUUGAUUCAAAUUUUCAAAGCGUUCAUGAUUGAUAUUGAAUGAACAUUCACACAUUAUAAGAUUCAUUUUCUUUAUUAUACAUGUAUAGUUCUAUCAACCUAUGUAUAUAUAUAGACUUCAUGCAUAUUCCAUGAGCAAGAAAAAAAAUAUGAGAGAUAUGAUUUAAAUUAUCUCAGUUACUUGAUUUUAUUUCUUUAACAGUUGAUUUGAUCAUGAUGAUUCGCUGUAUGAAAGACAAUUGAGCUUAUAUGUAUGAAAAAAAUGGUUGAUUUAUGAGAGAGAAUUAUUUUUUACUACACUUGUGAUAUGGAGAGUUGAGUGUUUGCAAAUGUCUGAAAGGGAUAUGCCAAUAUCAUUAAUUAUUUGUGAUCUAUUGAAAGAUGUGAGGUUAAUCUGUCAGCCAUGAUGGGCCGUGGGUCUCCCAUAAUGCAGUAUUUUGAAUCUGUUCCUCUACUGUGAAGGUUCAGAAUUGAAACGUGCAAAGAUGUACAUUUUGUGUAUUCUAUCAAAUAGUUUUCUUAACAUUUUUUUUCUGCAACAGUACAUUAUAUUAUCAUAUUAUGAACAUUCGUUUGGGGUUAAAAGGUCAAGGUCAUAUAAUUUUUGGUCAAGGUCAUAAGUGCUUUGACUAUGUAUUAUCAUAUUGUAUAUUUGACUUGACUGCUUUUAAAGUACUGCUGAAAAAAAUUCAUUCAUUUCUCUACAUUUCACAUUUAUUUACAGGUUUUGUUGAGUAACUAUGGAAAUGAUGGGUGAGAGAAAAAUCAUCCUUGUACUUUUGAAAAAAAUUACUAAUAUGUUGUUAAAUUGCCUUGUUAAUGUUAUAAAAACUGCUUUGUGUAUGAAAUGUGAUAUUUGUACUAGUACUAUAGGUUGUAAAUAUGAGGCUUCAAAUACUUGAUCAAACAUGCAAAUUGUGAUCAAUGCUCAAAAAAACUUUUGGUGAUUUGAAAGAUGGUCUUUUGGACUGUAGGUUUUGGUAUUGUUCGGUAAACAGAAACAGAUUUUUCUUCAAAGUGCAAUGACACUCAUAUUAUUAAACUUGUAGAUACUUCUUUUUCUGCAAUCAUUUCUAAAUCACAUCUCUCAAUCUGGGGUUGGUUUGCUGAAGCACUUGUAAAUGUUGUGUCUGCAGAUAUCCUGAUAUCACAGUUGUAGAUAUCACAUGUAGAUAUCACAGCUGUAAAUCACGCAGACGUUUGAUCAAGUGUUUGAACUGGAGAAAAAGAUGUACAUAUUUAUCCAAUGGGUAAAUGAUUUAAUAGAUCAAAUUUUCUACCUCUGAUGUUAUCUGUGUAGGAUUUAUUUCAAAUUUAAUUAAAUUCCCAUUUCCUACCA